UCGACUACAACGUGACGGUCACAUUUGGACACUGUGCGACGAGGCCGCGAUGCUCAUGUUGUGUUGUGAUCCCCCGUGCCUGCACCUCAUCACCGCGCCGUCCUGCUGAAGCAACUCCUGUCUGUGAUGAUCGCUGCCUCAACACACCAACACCCAUGCGCGCCCAGCAGCCCACACCGGCCAUGAAGGAUGGUGCUUUGGAGUAGCAACUGAAUAGUCUGGACUCAGGACCAAGAUCGCCCUUGAUGGGCCCAUGGCAAUUUGUGUGUGAUAGCUAAUAUACGAGGCUUGAAACGCCCUGUCGCAAUCCAACAUCUCAUCUGACAGCCGAGCUCCAUCGACCAUGACUCUCCCGGCUCUUCCAAACUCCUCCAACUUCCUUGGUGUGGCCCUGGUGAUCAACAGGAAUCGUGAUGGGCCACGAUUCGUCUUCCAUUACCCUCCUCACAUAGUCGCUGUCGAGGACCGGCACACAGACGGCAGCGAGGACGGCGUCGAUGAGGAUGACAUCUUGCUGGAACGCGCCGCCGCGCCCAUGGACGCAUCAUCGCCCUACAACCUCAAUGUUUCUGACAUGCUUCCAUGGGACCAGGAUGACCACAUCGUCACCGACAGUGGUACCCAGAUUGUACCCUGGGAGUAUGUCGCUGGGCUCCCGACCAAGGAUCUGGAGAGCAUCCUGACCCCGGCCAGGGCAUAUCAUAAAACGCUUUUCCAGAUAUCUCUGGAUCCCUUGUACUUUGUUUCAUAUCCUAUUCACAAGCCUGAAAACGGAAUUUGGAAAAAGAAGAGCAAGAAGAGGGAAAACCAGCAGAGGCAUAAGAACAGUGACGCCUCAAAAAGGGAGGACGACCAGCUGUCGCCACACGAAGACCCCUUGGACAGCGACACCGCCGCCAGAAAGGGAGAUGCAUCCCACGAGGACAACGCUGAUGCCAAGGAAAAGGCGGAAAAGUCCACCGUGGGAGCAGGCAAGCCCUCGGAAGAGGCAGAAGACAAGGUCAGCUCCAUGACCAUGUUCAAUCUCGUCUUCAUCCUCAACCCUAGGAAGCACGAGGCCAAGCACUUGAUCGAUACAAUGUACACCAACAUCAUCCGCAAGGUCAACAAGGCCUACAAAUAUGUUCAACAGCGCAGCGACUUUGUAUGGAAGGAGUCCAAGAAGAUCCUGUCCAUGAAGGACAAGGCGCGCGAGGAAAAGCGCAAGAUGAGCGUGUUGUGGGAGGAAAUCCUGCACAACUCGUCCCUGGCCGCAUCAAUGCAAGACCUGUACGACGCCAUCUCGCGCAACAAGAUCGCUGCGCUUCAGCUUGAUACCGGCGAAGCCACCGUCACACACUCGGUGCAGAUCCCCGUCCCUUUCCACAUCCCCGAUCUACCGCCUCUGGAUCGCGAGGAGGACAGCCGCGGCCUGUGGAUAACAACGGCCAACACCUUUGUCGGAGACAGUGACGCAUUUGAAGAACCACAUUAUCUUGACAAGAACUUUGCAUUGCUUUUGAUGGAUGACGACAAGAAGAUCAUUCAAGAGUUGUCUUCUGACCCCGAUGAGACUACACUGUCCAUGAUCGAGUUUGUCCGCCACUCGAAGCCCACCAUGUCGUUUCAUCAGGUCGCUCAACAGACAAACAACAUACUCACCCUCGGACAGGUGCGCAAAUUCGCGCAGCACUUCAUAUUCUGGCGACGCGCCAUCGCCAUACCUCCUCUCCAUGCCCGAGAUAUUUACAUCCUCAGCCCCAAUGCCGAUAUGAAGGCACUGCCACGCGCAAGUGCGGACUGGGCAAGGCAGUUCCCAUUUGCACCAGCAUUGCCGAACUUUCUCGCCGACCUCUCUGCCGCCCCGAGACCCUACAAGUGGUUUUGUCCCUCCAAGAGCUUCCGCCCUAGCUACCUUGAAAUGUUGGCGUGGCUCAUGCGCGGCGGGUGGGUGGCACAACUGUGCACCUUCGCGUACGUCGUUGUCUGGCCGGAGAUACUAUACGAAGUGGAGUACGCACUCGAAGCAGAGGAGGUGGCCAAGGCGAAGAGGGCACAAGUUGCGGCCGUGGACGACCUCGAGCACGGGUCGCCUGAUCAUGCAUCCAGCGCGUUGAGGAACCGGAGAGGCAGCGGAAGAAGCAAUGACAUUCUGGCGGGAAGCGUCGAGAACCUCGCUUCUUCCACGUCUACCCUUCAGCAACAAACAGGCAGCGUGGUGGGAACUGCCCUGGAGAGGAGCAUCGGUGAUCUCAGCUCGCUCUCCAUCGGGGACGAGGCUCAGCCGUCUCCUCUGCCCUCAUCGCCCUCGACAUCCGUCGUCCUCAGGGACACCUCCGCCCCGGGCUCCGAGGUACAGUCGCCGACCUCCGCAACGUCCCACGGCCGGCCGCAUUCCCAGCCCACCCUCGCCGAGCAGGUCGCGGAGAAGGCGCGCCUCGAGCGCAUAGCCGACAAGCUCGCACGAGAGCUCGCCGAGAAGGCGACGGCGCACGCGCGCAAGGCAGCACCAAAGGCGACUGACCACCCCAGCGUCAACAAGGCCCCGCACCUGGCCCACCUCAGCCCGCACAUCAUCUUGGAUGCGAAGAAGGCCACGGGCAAGGAAUCGCUCUACCUGUCCGCGAUCGCGAAGCGGCUGCGGGAGAGGAGGACCGCGGCACCGCCGCCGUCCAAGUCGAGGAAGGACAAGGCCAAGGCGCAGCCGACCCUUGGCGAGGGCAGCACCACCAAGAGGGCAGCUGCCGCGUCAGCAGCGGGCGGGAAGGACGGGAAGGCCGCCGGCGGCGAUGGCAAGGUUGUCGACUGGGACGAGAGGGUUGCGAACACGUGGCCGCUCUUCUGCAAGUAUUUCAACGGGCGGUGCGCGCUGGAGCGGAUCGCGCUGCAGGAGGAGAUGAAGAGGAAGGACGUAUGGAACUUGUUGACGGCAAUGAGCGAGUACCUGCAAACUGUCCGGCACUGGUAG